AUGACGAUGAAGCUGAAGAAAGACUAAAGAGAGGAUGUGAGAGCUUCUUCGCCAUGAAGGGUGCAGCCAUGGUUCUCCCACACUCCAAAGAUUCCAAAAGGCCCAUCAAGAAACACCCAGGUUCGGCCCACCCUUCCACAAGUCAUCCCGCUGUCCCUGUCGACCUUGACCUCAUCCCCUCCGGGCCCCCGCUGCCAGAAGCUCUGGUCGGUGAACUCCAGCUUCAUCUACAAUGUAUCUUCUGGAUCCUGAGACAGGAGGACACCAUCAAAAUGGCUGUAAGGCUUGAGUCCUCUUCAGACAACUUCAUCCGUUACAUGGUCCUGGUGUCCUGCUUGGACACCCAUCAGAACACCGAAGAGACCAUCAUCCUUGGUGUUGAUAUUAUCCAGGACAAGGCUACCAUUGGAUUGGUUCUACCCAUCUGGGCCGAUAGCAUCAUCCACAUGGGUGGGGAUGGUGGCUUCUCUGUGACGACGGGAGAGAAGAUCAACGUCUUCAAGCCAGUGUCUAUACAGGCCAUGUGGUCCGCAUUGCAGGCCCUGUACAGGGCGUGUGACUUGGCUAGAGCGCACAACUACUUCAUUGGAGGCCUUCAUAUGACCUGGAUAGGCUAUUACCAAAGCAGCAUCUCCUCACCUUACUACUGCCUCAAGGAAUGGGAGUACUUACCAGACGUGAUAUCACCACAGAGUGAUGAGAUAAACUACCUCUACAACAGAGAUGGAAGGUACUGUCCUACAGAAGAUGAGCUGACCAGAAGAUUUAUAUUCGUCAAGUUAAAAGAAGUUAUGAUCCAAUGUGACCUUGAAUCCGUUACCUCAAGAAUGGUCAGGAGUAGUCUGGAAAGAGAGAUAGGCAAAGACUUGAAGGAGUACAAGCAAUUCAUCGAUAAACAGAUCCUUCUUAUCUAUGGCCAACUAGACUCUGCUACAAAGAUAUUUGAUCAUAUAUACUUGGGUUCUGAGUGGAAUGCCACUGAUCUAGAUGAAUUAGAGGAGCAUGGAGUUGGUUAUAUCUUGAACAUCACCAAAGAAUGUGACAACUUCUUCCCGGAGCGUUUCCAGUAUUACAACGUGCGCCUGUUUGAUGACGUGGAAGAGAACCUCUUGAAUCACUGGAAUGCCACCUACAAAUUUCUCUCUAAAGCCAAAGAGGCAGGCUCAAAAGCUUUGGUCCAUUGUAAGAUGGGUAUUAGUCGAUCUGCUUCUACGGUGAUAGCGUAUGCCAUGAAGGAGUAUGGAAUGACUUUGGAAGAUGCUUUGGCCUUGGUCAAAGCCAAGCGAUCUAUCAUCAGACCUAAUGAAGCCUUCAUGAAGCAGCUACAGGUCUAUGAAGGUAUCCUAGAAGCAAGCCGUCAGAGACACAGGAUGUUUCGGUGUAAAUCUGAAAGUUCUCUUAGCCGUAGUGAAUCUGCUGAGUGCCUGACAAGUGGCAAGCCUCUAGACUCUGGCUCUACUGAAGAACUCGCACCCCGUGGUAUACCCAGAAACAAGUCCUUCUCUGUCAAAGAGAGAAAGAAAAAGCUAGAGGAGCUGGAGUCUCCCGAGGGGGCAGUCGGAGGAGGUCCUUCAUUUUUCAUUGGACCUGAUCCUACUCAUCUCGGAGCAGGCAAAUAUGUGGUGGGCACCAGUGAGCCACGCUGCAAGGGUGCUGUUGGUGAGGACACGGGUGACAGCGAUUGUGACGACAUCCAGGUCUUGGUUCCCCCUACGGUCAGACCAAGUUCCAUUGUGAAACUGCAGAAGGAAGGGGCACUAGCCUCAGGGACAGUCCCUUUUGUCGUUGCAACUGAACCUGAAGUGAUGCCAUUGACAGUACUUCCUUCCAAUGAGCCACCAGUUAGUUGUGAGGUGGUCGACACAGUGGAAGGCUCCAGCAUGGAAGAUACUAUGCUGAAUACAAACAACAAUAGUGCAAAUGAACUUUCAUUGGACGGCUCCGAGGGGGAAGCGUACCAGAAGAUAUGUGUGAAGUCUAAGAUUACAGAAAUUGAGAGUAGCGUGAUGGGUGCAGUGGAUUCAACAAAGGAAGGUGAGGAUGGAGAGGAAAGUGAAGUAGAAGCCUACAAAAGGGAGUCCAUUCCUUGGAAUCCUGGAACAGUACUACGGCAGAAACAGGAGUUGGAGGAGAAGAUGAGGGACGGGAGUCCGACAUCGUCUAUGUCGAUGAAGUUUGAUGGCGAGGUAGAGGAAGGAGGGGAAGAAGAGAAAUUGGACAGUCAAGUUGUUUCAAUUGUUGAUGAGCUGGCCUCAUCUGCGGCAGGAAGCAUGCAAGGUUGCUCUACGGCUUCACCAGAAACAAACCAUAAAAUCAGAAAUGUAAAUAGGACUGAUAAUGGACAGUGCGAAAAGCCACAAGAUUGUAGUGUGGACAAUGCAGAAAAUUCCUCAGCGCCUAUGGAUACAGCUGAAGCAACAGGCGAGCAUAGAUCGUCCGUCUACACCACUUCUGGUGAAGAGAUCCAGCUCUCGAUGGGCUUGGUGGAGCGACAUAAGAGAGAAUUUGAGCAGAAGAAAGCAGCAGAGGUUCUGCAGCAGGAUACAGAGACUGAUGCUGCAGUGGACAGUGCAGCGGCUUCACCCAGCCGUGAUAGGAGCAGUCCUCAAGUGUGUGAUUCCAUUUUGGAAGAAGGAAUGGAGGUUGAUGAGGGAGUCUAUCCAGACGAAGGAAGUCGCUGGAAGGUUGGAGACGUGAGGAGGCACACUAUGGAACUUGAAGAGAGAAUGGAGCUGGCAUCCUCGCCCAGCCCCACCAAGAUAUCGGCAUUCCGGCUUGAUCGCGAUGGAGAUGACCAAUCGGGGCUGACCACGGAGGAGUUGAAGAAUAUCCAAGAGAUGGACAUUCCUGUGAGAUCGUCUAGUCCUGUAGGUGCAGCCCUCGAGAAGCAAGAGGAAUCAGAAGGCAUGACAGGCGUUGCUGAACACGUCCAUAAGUUAGAACUCAAAAGGUGUCGUUCCAUAGCAAAGAUGUCAAAUGAGAAAUUCAAAGCUCUGAGAUCAUCUAUUGGAGUGACUGAUGAGAAAAAGCCUGUCGCCAAACCUAGCUCGUCCGUAGAAGCUGCAUGCAAGUCAGUGGAAGAUGGACCUCUAGUUGAACUGAAUCCAGACAUGGUUAGACUCUUUACCAGUCACUUAGGAGAAGGGGCUACACUUGACGAAAAAGCCAAGGAAGAGAGGAAAACGCGCAAGAGCGAAUCGGACAAGGAAUCCACCAGCUCCUCACCGUCAAAGGUCAAAUCGCAGCAUGGCCCCUCCCAUCCGUUGAACAAGCUAGCACGAGGGGGCGGAGGAGGGCGGGGCACAAGUGGACGAGGGAAAUUUUAUAGUACCAUGUGAUAUCAUUGUCUUCCAUCCGUUGAUCAAAAGUGCUCUGUUCAAGUGUGUGUCUUACAGUGUAGCUCUUUCGUGUAGAUUCCUUUUGAUUAGCUUUAUGCUGUAAAAAUCAAUGUGUGAAUACAGUAUUGAAGCUCUUUCUUCUGGAAAUGGGGGGGGGGUGUAGCAGAAAUAAGGUAGCAUGAAUUGGUUUGGAGUCAUGCACAAUGUUUGUGAAUGUUAAGAAAUCAAUUAUGAAUUGGUUUCUGUCCUUCUGCCAUUUUCUCCUCUUUUGAUACUUAUAGGAUGCAAACCAAGCUUAAGAUUAGCAUCAAUACACUCAAUAUUUUAAGAAACCAAGUUCUGAAUUUUCGUCCAUUAUUCAUCAAAGUAAUAAUUCAGAUUUAAUUUUAUUAUCGUUGACUCAUGCAUACCGGUAGUCUCCCUUAAAAACAGAUUCCAACCAACAUGGUUUCACAAAAUGCUUACAAUGUUUGAUUCUUUUAUAGCACAUGACACAUAACUAAGAUUGUCCUUAUCACUGAGGAGAAAAUAUGUUGGGCUUAUUGGCUAAAUAGAUUGUUAGACUCAACUAUUUGUGAAGCACCCUCAAUCUUCCUUGGAUCUCCUACGUCUCAACACAAUACACCAAAGAGUACCAACAUUAUGCAUUACCCUAUUUUCACCGUUGUUUCUUAUUCGACAAUAACAUGUGGUGGUGUUUCAUGAAGAGAACUUCUUGUGGGAAAUUUUAUAGGUUUUAUUCAUACAUAUUCCGUAUGAAUCAGUCCCUGGAUCUUCUUGUUGUUCCCUUCUUUCAUCAUUUACUUCUUCUUUCUCUUCUUCCUCCUCCUUUCCCUUCUUCUUCUUUAGCUCCUUCUUUCACUCGUUAUUCUUCACAUUGUUCUCCUCCGUCCCCAACUUGUACUCAAUCUUUUUAUUCUUCUUCAUCUCAACCUUUUCCUUCUUCUCUUCCUUCCUUCAUCAUAUUGCCAUUUUAACUUCUUCUUUUCUUGUCAAGGUGCUUCAAAUUAAUCUGAAUGUCUAAAUCUUCCCUCUUUUAUAGCUGAUUUCUACAACGUGCACAUCCUUUUAACUGAAAUUCAUAGAAACUUGAAUGAAAUACUAAUUGUGUUAGAUGUCAGUUGGCUUUCUUCACACUUUGUUUUUGAACUCUGUCACGUAGAUAAUGUGAGACCAAAUAAUGCAUUUUGAGAGGGCUGUAUGAGAGUUCUAUGAUAACAUAGACCUUGUAGAUUUGGGAGUUAAUUGUUUAUCUUGCAAUACGUAGGCAUUUAGGAGAAUAUCCACUGCUUAGGACAAGAUAAUUGAUGAUUAGGAAGAAUGUAAAUGUUUGUAUUUUUUUCUAUGAAGUAUUGAAAAGUGAGAUUUUGACAAGAGAUUCAGUGAUCUAAUGCAGAAAGAUUUAGAUGAUGAAUGAUUGGUUAUUACGCUUUUCAUGUAAGCCUGACCUAGAGUACCAUUAAUAUUUCAUUUUCUGAUUUAGCCUUUUGGUUUGAGUGUAAAUGAUGCAUCGGUCCAUGUCGGUGUAAUGCUUUUGUCAAGUGAAUUGGAUAUUUUCUAUUAUCAUUUUAUGUUAACCAAAAGCAGGAAUUAGACCCAUAGACAUUCACGUUACUACAUAUUUCAAUAAUGUAGGGAUAGAAUUUUGACAAAUGAUAAGAAUAUUUAUCAUCUUAAUCUAGUACAUGUUUUGUUAUUUUGAGUAUUUUUAUGAAUAAUACAUAACAAUUUAUAGCAAUAAUCUAAUAAUUAUUAAUGACAUUUACUAUAUUUAAAAAAAAUUAUGCAUGUUCUUAUAAACCAUAACCUGAAUUGACCAUAUAUAUUGUAAUGCAACUCAUCUUUGUAAUUAUAAUCCUGAUCUUCUUAAACACUCCAGAUCUAGAUGAAAAUAUAAAGUCAAGAAUAAUGAUAAGAGACCAAUGUUUUUUCUAGUCUUGCACCAAAAAUGAUGUUUUACCCAAUUACGUAUUUUCCAUCUUCAUAUUUUCAUGCCAUGUAUUAAUUGAAUAAUAACUUUUGAAUCUUUCUUUUAUUUUUCUGCAUCCUUUAUGAACAUAUUUCUUAAGAUGUUACUUCAAAGUUCAAGUCUCUGUCCAACUGAUAACUUUAUUAAUCAAAAUAGCUGAGAACUUGCCUCCAUUUUGAUUUUAAAUUUUCAAUGUAAAAUAAAUCAGGUUUAUGGGAAAUUUCAGAAAAGUGUAAGUAUUGUUAACCAGUUUAUCUAGGGGGGAUGUAUUAUUUCUUUUGGAAAUCUGUUUUCCUAACAAAAUUUGGUUUCUUGCAAGAUACAAAUAUAAUAAGACAACCCCCUUCCCCUUUAAGUUUCCAAAUGCCUUCUCUCUUUCCCCCCCCCCCCCCAUUUCACUUGUAUUUGGUUUUUGCCGGUCACCCCCAGGGCAGCAUUUCAUGAAAUAAAUGGUGAUUUUCAUUAAAAACUGUUCUAAAGCUACUGAAUCCUUGCAUCUGAUUGGCUUAGAACAAGCUAGUCAGUCAAAAAAUACUUUUUCUUUCAUGAAAUGUUCCCCAGAUAUCUGCCAUUUUUCAAUUUUCACCCUCCUUGCAAUGUUUCAAAGAUUCAUAUUCGUGAUACCAUUUGUAUUUCAUAUGUUCUUUUUCUAUAAAAUCUUGCCAAAUAUAAAACAUACUUCAAUUUUUGCUUCCUUAUAUAUAUAUAUAUAUAUCCCCUUUCUCAUAACAGUUUUUAUGGUUGUAUUUAUUAGCUAUUUUAUAAAAAGAAAAAUCUUAUGUUAUGUGUUUCAUUAUGAAUAUACGUUUAUGUCAAGAUUACAAAUUGAUAUAUUCCAUAUAUAGGUCUUGGUUGUAUAUAUACAUCAUUGUAAGACAGCCAUAUGCUAUUGUACAUAGAUAGAUUUUGUUUAUUUUGUUACUGUAUCAUAUAUGUUGUAUAUAUUUAUAAUGUCCAUUAUAAGAUCUGUUUAAUUUUAUCCGACUGAUAUUUGUUUUCUUUUUUAUUCGUAUCAUCAUUUUGCCCCCACCCAAGACACAUGUUUUGAAUUUCUAUGUGAUAAUUGGAUCAUUUCACAAUAUAAAACAUUUGUUUAAAUGCAAAUUGUAUUUUCGUGUAUUGCUGAAUACGAGGGAUACCAUACAUCAGUUGAAAAUAAAUGGAUGUAUAUUUCAGCAUAAAAAGUAUGUAGUUAAUGCAUUCCAAACAUUUGCAAAUUGGAUUCUUCUUAUGAAAAUACAUGUACUUAUUUUUCUUUUUUAUGGUGAUUUCUGAUUGUCCAACGUGUAUUUUUUUAAGGGGGAUGGUAAUACAGGAUAGGAGUUAGUGUUGAGACAGUUUUUUUUCUUCUGAUUAAUGCGAGUAGUGGGUUUCGGGUUUGGGAUGCAGAAAUGUUUGAGAUAGGGGUUUAUACUUGGCUUAAUAUACAGAAUAUCCACAGUCCUGAGCAAAUGUCAUUGGAGUAUCAAAAUGAAUCCUGAAAUUAGUAGGGGACAUUUCUUAAGUCUCUGUCAUCUUUUUGGCAUAGCUCUAAAUACACCUUCUAGGGUGGUGCAUUUUUUCACCAAGUGGCUAAAAAAUAAUAAUGGUUAUAGCGUUAUAUCAACGAUAAUAUUAAUCAUGAUGACAAUAUCGAUUUGUAGUGCAUACACAAAAUGAAAAACAAAAUCCUUUUUCAGUAUGAAACGAAUUCUCAAGUAUGGAAUGGGACGAAAAUUUCAAGAUAUAAUCUUUGUAUCGGUUUCUGAAAUGCAGUGACUGAAUUUCUAAGAUCAUUCUUCAACGGAACUGUAUUAAGGAAAAAAGAUUAUAUUAUGUUCGGGACCAAACCUGAUUGACAGUAAUUGUCACUACAUGAUCAUAAGAUUGGAAUGUUUGAAUGAAUAGGCCAAUAUAAUUCACAAUAUUGAACCUUGAUCCCAAAACUUAGAUAGGCUCUUCAAAGUUGAUUCUGUUGAGCUAUACUUCGAACUUUAUAUUUCAAUCAAAGUUUUAUGUCAAAAUGAAAUUAUGGCAGUGUAGCAAAUGUGAAAGGUGUAUUGUAAGUUAUGCAGAGAUGUUGUAUAAGGUACAUUUUAAAGCAGUUUAUAGAAUAUUUGUACUAUAGACAGAAAAAUAGAAACAUUGGGAACAGUUCGCAUAUAUUCCUAAUAGGAGAGGCACCCCAUUGUGAUCCAUCAUUAAUAACUCACUUCAAUUUUGACCAAAAUCGUAUUCCAUGAAAUAAAAAUUAAGAUUUCUGUCUUAGCUCAAAUUAGAGAAUUCAAAUUAUUGUAAAUGCAAUUGAUUUCGAUGCGUUUGAAAUUGUCUUGUAAAAAAAAAUGUAUCUAUAUGACCAAAACGAAGAGCACCUUUUUAUGAUGUAUGUUGUUUAAUCUAAUGUUAAAGAUCAUAGCAAUGUAUAAUCUUUUGACUAUGCUUAAAAUAGUUUCAACAUUUUGGAGAAAAAGAAUAUUUUUUUGUUUAAUAAAUGAUUGUAAAGAUAUAAAUAUAAAAUUCCCUUAAGUUGUCCCCUCCCCCUGGAGGAAAAGUUAUUGCACAUUCCUGAAUUGACAAUCGUACAACCCCAAUUAUAUUUAUCUCUGUACAAAAAGGUUAUGUCUUUGUUAGUGUGGUUGCAUCUCAAAUUUAUUGCUACCAACAAAGCAUCGGUGUGUAGAAUUUAUUUAUAAAUUAUAACGCUAUCUAUGGAAGCAUAUUAUGUGUGUGUUUCUGUUUGUGUAAAGUUGCAAAGCAUCCAAAAUUGUUCAAUUCUUGUUGGAGUUGUAAUGUAAGAAGUAACAUGUUUAUGUAUUUUUGUGCUUUGGUUCUUACUGGCAAAGUAAAUAUAAAAAUUCAAUUUUAUUUGCUGUAGUUAUAGCAGGAUGGCGUGGUCAGACAUUGAUGAUAAAUGGGAAAGCAGUGCAGUAUAAUAAAUGUUGAUUAAAAAAAUUGCUAUCAUUAUUUUAUGAAAAUGUAAAUGGUAGAAUCUAUGGGUGGCAGUGCAGAGCGUCUUGGAGAUUAUAAUAAAGGGACUUGGUUUGGAGACUAGCUGUUUCUGAAUCUAGUCAAUCGAAAAGGAA